UAGGCAGGAUGAUAAGUUGCGGUUUGGGACGCACCCCUGUGUGGUAGUCACUGAAGGCUGGUCGCACGAGCUCCCCGAACGCCCCACCUUGUCCAAUGAGUGUGCGGCGCGUGCGGCGAGGAGGGGCGUCCGCGGCGAAGCCCACGCGAUAAAACAAGAGUAAACGCGGCGCCGAGUUGCCUUUGACCAGCAGGACUCACCGGAGACUCGUCUCCUGACAGAGCGCGCGCGCACUCGGGCUGAGUGGAUGUGAUGUACUACUGACCGAGGACGUCUCUCUCUCUCUCUCUCUCUCUCUCUCUCUCUCCUUCUCUCUCUCAGCUCCAACCUCUUCGGGGAAACAAACACAAGACCUUUUUUUUCUUCUUCUUCUUUUUCUUUUUUUAACCCACCCGUGGAUAAGGUUCCCGGGAAACCCUCCGCAUCUCUCCUCCGUCUGAGCUGCACAACUUUCAUCCGCGUCUGUCUGCCGUCUCAGCUCGUGCUGCUAACCUAAAUGUUCUGUGCGCGCGCAGAGACACACGGCGCUUUCUGAUUCUCUCCUGGAGGAAAGGAUUUUCUUUCUGGUCCUGAUCUGAGUCCUGACACACACACACACACACACACACACUCAGCCAUGGAGAACGCUCACAUGAAGAGCGUGGAGGAAGUUUACAGCUAUCUGAACGUGAACGAGAGCACGGGGCUGGCGCUGGACCAGGUCAAACGCCAGAGAGAGAAGUGGGGUCCAAACGAAUUGCCCGCUGAAAUAGGAAAGUCAUUAUGGGAGCUGGUCGUUGAGCAGUUUGAGGAUUUACUUGUGCGGAUUCUCCUGCUUGCAGCUUGUAUAUCAUUCGUUUUAGCCUGGUUCGAGGAGGGCGAAGAGACAAUAACAGCCUUCGUGGAGCCUUUUGUAAUCCUGCUUAUUCUUAUAGCCAACGCCAUUGUUGGUGUGUGGCAGGAGCGUAACGCUGAAAAUGCCAUCGAGGCACUUAAAGAAUAUGAGCCGGAGAUGGGGAAAGUCUACAGACAGGACAGGAAGGCCGUGCAGAGGAUCAAGGCCAAAGACAUCGUACCUGGGGACAUCGUGGAGGUAGCUGUGGGAGACAAAGUGCCUGCAGACAUCCGUCUCUGUUCCAUCAAGUCCACCACACUGAGAGUGGACCAAUCCAUCCUCACGGGCGAGUCUGUCUCCAUCAUUAAACACACUGACCCUGUUCCCGACCCUCGAGCUGUCAAUCAGGACAAGAAGAACAUGCUGUUCUCUGGUACUAACAUCGCAGCGGGUAAAGCAGUGGGCGUGGUGGUGGCCACGGGUGUGAACACAGAGAUCGGCAAGAUCCGUGACGAGAUGGCGUCCACGGAGCAGGAGAGGACGCCGCUGCAGCAGAAGCUGGAUGAGUUCGGUGAGCAGCUCUCCAAAGUCAUCUCGCUCAUCUGCAUCGCCGUGUGGAUCAUCAACAUCGGCCACUUCAACGACCCGGUGCACGGCGGCUCAUGGAUUCGCGGCGCCGUCUACUACUUCAAAAUCGCUGUGGCUUUGGCUGUGGCUGCAAUCCCUGAGGGUCUGCCUGCUGUCAUCACUACCUGCCUGGCGCUGGGCACACGCCGUAUGGCCAAGAAAAACGCCAUUGUGCGCUCACUGCCCUCUGUGGAGACACUGGGGUGCACUUCGGUAAUCUGCUCGGAUAAGACUGGCACCCUCACCACCAACCAGAUGUCUGUGUGCAGGAUGUUCAUCUUGGACAAAGCAGAUAGUGAGAGCUGCGCUCUGACUGAGUUCACCAUCUCUGGAUCAACCUAUGCACCUGAAGGAGAAGUAUAUGUGGAUAACCGACUAGUCAAGUGCUCUGCCUAUGAUGGUCUAGUGGAGAUGGCCACUAUCUGUGCUCUGUGUAAUGACUCCUCUCUGGACUUCAACGAGGCUAAAGGUGUGUAUGAGAAGGUUGGAGAGGCCACAGAGACUGCUCUGACCUGCCUGGUGGAGAAGAUGAACGUGUUUGAUACAGAUGUCAGGAGCCUGUCCAAGAUCGAGAAAGCCAAUGCCUGCAACUCAGUGAUUAAGCAGCUAAUGAAGAAGGAGUUCACGCUGGAGUUUUCUCGGGACAGAAAGUCAAUGUCUGUGUAUUGCACCCCCAGCAAGGGCAAGUCCACCACCAGCAAGAUGUUUGUCAAGGGAGCCCCAGAGGGAGUGAUUGACAGGUGUUCGUAUGUACGUGUGGGAGCCACCCGUGUGCCCAUGAAUCAGGGCAUUAAGGAUAAGAUCAUGUCUGUGAUCCGGGACUACGGCACUGGACGGGACACGCUGCGCUGUCUGGCACUGGCCACCCGGGACAACCCGCUCAGGAAGGACGAGAUGGUUCUGUCUGACACGGCACGCUUCGCUGAGUAUGAGUCUGAGCUGACGUUUGUGGGCUGCGUGGGCAUGCUGGAUCCUCCCAGGACCGAGGUGUCUGCCUCCAUCAAGCUGUGUCGUCAAGCCGGUAUCCGGGUCAUCAUGAUCACAGGUGACAACAAAGGCACGGCUGUGGCCAUCUGCAGGCGCAUCGGCAUCUUCUCUGAGGACGAUGAUGUAACCCACUUGGCCUUCACGGGCCGUGAGUUUGAUGAUCUUUCCCCCCAAUUGCAGCGCGAGGCUGUCAUGACUGCACGCUGCUUCGCCCGUGUCGAGCCUUCUCACAAAUCUAAGAUAGUGGAGUUCCUCCAGGCCUUCGAUGAAAUCACUGCAAUGACGGGAGAUGGGGUGAACGAUGCCCCUGCUCUGAAAAAGGCAGAGAUUGGCAUCGCCAUGGGCUCUGGCACUGCCGUGGCCAAGACAGCCUCGGAAAUGGUCCUUGCCGACGACAACUUCGCCACCAUCGUAGCCGCCGUUGAAGAAGGUCGAGCCAUUUACAACAACAUGAAGCAGUUCAUCCGCUACCUCAUCUCCUCCAACGUGGGGGAGGUCGUCUGUAUCUUUCUGACUGCAGCGCUGGGCUUCCCUGAGGCUCUGAUCCCAGUGCAGCUGCUGUGGGUAAACCUGGUGACAGACGGCUUGCCUGCCACUGCGCUUGGCUUCAAUCCCCCUGACCUGGACAUUAUGAGCAAACCACCCCGCAAUGCCAAGGAGCCCCUGAUUUCCGGCUGGCUCUUCUUCAGAUACCUCGCCAUUGGCUGCUAUGUGGGAGCAGCUACUGUGGGAGCUGCAGCCUGGUGGUUCGUUGUGGCUGAUGACGGCCCUCAGGUCACCCUCUACCAGCUGAGCCACUUCUUGCAGUGUUCUCCUGAGCAUCCUGACUUUCACGAUCUGGAGUGUCACGUGUUUGAAUCGCCAUACCCCAUGACCAUGGCGCUGUCUGUACUCGUCACCAUAGAGAUGUGCAACGCUCUAAACAGCCUGUCGGAGAACCAGUCUCUGCUGCGCAUGCCUCCGUGGGAGAACGUGUGGCUGCUGGGAGCCAUUUGCCUCUCCAUGUCCCUGCACUUCCUCAUCCUCUAUGUCGAGCCACUGCCGGUCAUCUUCCAGAUCACGCCUCUGAACGUGACCCAGUGGAUGAUGGUGCUGAAGAUCUCCGUGCCCGUCAUCCUGUUGGACGAGCUGCUCAAGUUUGUGGCGAGGAACUACCUGGAGCCGGGUAAAGAUUUAGCAGUGGGGGCACAGCAAGAGAGCUGGAGUGUGUCUGCAUGUGUCCAAGGCAUCUCCUGGCCCUUCGUAGCUCUCUGUCUCCCCCUGGUGGUGUGGCUGUACAGCACGGACACUAACACGAGCCGCUCGCUGUGGUCCUCCUGACUGACCGAUCACUGACUGAGAGCUGCGGUGACAACCACCACCCAUUAACCCAGAACCACCAUUAACCCAAUCCAAGAGAAUGUUUGCACAGGAAUCCACAUACUGUAUGUUUGGUGUUUUUAUAAUUAGCUCUAAGAGUGAUGACUUUAUUAUUAUUCAUUGUUGUAACUGUUCCAUUUUAAAGCACACAUGAAUUGUUUUUAUAUAUAAAUAUAUAACAACUAUAUUAUUAUGAGAUGUUAUAAGCAGUCAGUGGAUGAAUAUAUUUAUUAGCUCAUUUUUUAAAAGCGGCAUGGACCCAUUGGACGUCCUCGCUGUCCACACUGUGUGUAUUCAUGUCUCAGUCCUGUACAGUAAAAAAAAAACCUCACAUAAAUUAUAUCCCAGAUUAUAUUGUUUUUUUUUAAACACCCCUUUUCUAGUUUAUGAUAUUUUGAAGUACAAUUCAAGUACCACUUUUUUUCUCAAACAAAUGGUUAUUUUCUGCAUUUGGCAGAAUUCAGCUACCUCAGUUCCACUGCUGUCCACUUAACUUUAAAUCUGAUUUUUGUUUAUUUGAUUCUUUUCCCCCUUAGAAAACCAGUGUAGCUGAAUAUCUUUAAAGGGGCAGUGUGUAAUUUUUUUAUUCAACACUGAAGAUGCGAGUUGAAUUACAGUGAAAACCCUGAUAGGCCUUUUCCAUAACCCAACCCUACCGCACCCACUCUGUUCAAACCUCAUGAUUGGCAUCUUAAGGAAGAGCAGCUCUCUUCUGGUUGAGGGUGGAGCUCAUUUCCAGGCCAGAAAAAAAUAUAAAGAGAAGGCUGAAAUGUAUAAACAAGUGAUAUCUUUUCAAUGACAGUAUCCGAAUCAUAUUUCUGUUCAAGUUAUCUUUGAAAUGAUAUGAUUAUUAUAUGUCUAGAAACACUUUUAAAUAUUAUAGACUGCACCUUUAACGAUUGGAAAAGGAACCGCUCUGUCUCCAAGCCAUGAUAAAAUACUAUUAUAUCACAUUGAUAAGUAGAAUAUCACAUUGCUAAGUAGGUUUUUUUCUGUAAUCAUGCUGUACUUGGACACAGCUUGGAGUAUAUUUUUUAUUAAUUUUCCGUAUGAGGUUGCGGAAAACGUGCACAAUGCUGUGGCUUUACACAUAGGUAAGCAGUGCUCUGUGUGUGUGUGUGUGUGUGUGUGUGUUGUACGUAAAUGAACAUACAUUUGUUUGAAUCGUCAAUUCCUGCCAUUAGAAAAGGAAGUUUGAGACUAUGACAGAUCCUAUUUUUUUAAUAUUAGCUGUACUUGAUAAAGAAUGUCAUAACUCUAGGCUCCCCGUUUGAGAGCAUGCGUAACUCAAUAUACGACAUAAUAAUAGUAAUACUUGGCUUUUUCUCCCAUUGCUUUGUGAGUGAGAACAUAACUGUAACUUUCUGCUCCUGCACCUUCUCAUGACUCUACUCUUACUAAUACUGCAGUAUUGCAUUUGUAUUCUUAUAAUGUGUUUUCUUUAAGUAUCUAGUUGUGCAACCUUGAGAGGCAGGGUUGCCAGGUCAGCGCGUAAACAAUCCAAAAUUCAGAAUGUGACGCAUCACGAACGGUGUAUUAAACUCCACAAUUAUGACGAGCAUGGAGAAACGUAUUGUAGUACGUACAAAGUAAGAUCAUGAAUACAUUUUUAAAAUAUGCAGUUUUUAUAAACCGUUCUUUCUCUAAGCCCCUUAAACAUCAUAAAUAAGAAAAACGUGCGCUAACGAGUAGCUCAAUUCACUUUUCUGUUCUAUAAUGGAUAAUUGCAGUUACUGUUUCCUUCAAAGAAAAGUCCUGCGUACUUCCAAAAUAUUGAAAUGUAAAGAAUUGAACACUUGUGGGCAUGCUGUUAUAGGAAAAUAAUAAAUGACAGGGUGGUGUGAUGCUGUCCAAUACCAAGCAGAGUUAUUGGGGAGUGUUAUCGGGCGGCUGUGACUCAGAGCGGGUUGUCCACUAAUUGUAGGGGUGGCACUUUAAUUCCUGGCCCACAUGACUCCAUAUGCUGAAGUGUCCCUGGGCAAGACACUGAACCCCAAGUUGCUCCUGAUGGCAGAUUAGCAUCUUGCACCGUGUGUGUGUUUGUAGAUAGAAUCACUUUUGUAGAACCACUAAGGUUAAAAGGCGCAAUAUAAGUGCAGACUUUUUACCACCCCGAAAUUGAUUAUUUUCCAAUAACGGCACAUUGCAAAGUGCU